AUGGUAGAACACUCCAACCUCUCCUACCCUCUUCUUUCCCGAAAGCUGUCGUCGCUCGGAGUUGAUCCCUCCCUGCACUCAUCCGUAGUGGAUCUGAUCACAUUGAACUGCAAAACGUCCGGAUACUGGCAAUAUUGUAACGUGAGUGGUGGUUGGACGGUUCUUCCUUUGAGCGUUACCAUCGAAGAAGCGCACUAUAUGAUUCUCUGCGAGGCUUGCAAUGAAUUAAUCGGACUGGAGGAAGAAGAAGAAGAAGAAGAAGACGACGACAACGAUUAUGAAGAAGUAAUUGGUAUGAUACCAUCGAGUGAGUCGUCGAUAAAGGAAUUGCUCAAGAGGGUUAGGGUUGGGAACAAUGAAAAAGGAAUUUGCACUGUUUGUCUCGAAGAAUUGAGUAGUACAGGAGGAAAGUCCUAUGCUAUGGAGAUGCCUUGCAGACAUUUGUUUCACGACGAGUGUGUUGUGAGAUGGCUCAAGGAGAGUCAUUAUUGCCCAAUUUGCCGCUUUGAGAUGCCUACUGCAUAUUGA